GGAGCCGAGCUGAGCCGCGCUGCGCGCAGCACCGUCCGCGCAGAGCCGAGCGGGGGCGGCGGGAGCAGCUGCCGGGAUCCUUCAGCUGAAGACGAGCGAUCAGAUCUGGUGGACCCGCGAGCCGCGGAGCCGCGGGGAGCUUACGGGCCCGGUCGCAGACAGAGCUGGCAGCGGGUUCCUGGAGGAAAUAGGGCCGAGCCGGCCAGGAGCAGAAGGGAAGGAAGCGCGGGAUCGCUGAUGUCAGAGCAGCCCGGAAAGUCGUGCCGGAGAAACCUGAAGACACCCGGCUUUAAGCCGCCCCGGAGGGACCGUGCGGGACCCCACGCCCCUUCGCAACCGGGUCCCUGCGCGCAGACGACCGGGACGAAGACGCGAGGACCCAGUCGGGGGCCACCCCAGGAAUACAGGCAAGCGCCCGGCGCGGGCCGAGGAUUUUAAUGACCCUGGGUUCCAUGUGGACCUGGCUGUCCGUGUGACUCCGGUCAGGCAGGACUGGGCACUCGCUGCCCUGGGCAACCGCCAGUCGAGCGGACGAAGCGGGGACGCAGGGACAGACAGACACCGCCGAGCUGGAACCAUGUGAGAGCUGAUCUUGAAAAGUGGAGUGACACACGGAGGACCUGUUCACCAGCCUCACCCCUCUAGGGAUGGAGCAGAGGAGGUUCCCUCUGCGGGCCAUGCAGGCUGACAACCUGUCUGUGGUACUGCUCUCAGUGGCCUGGCUCCUGCUAGCUCGCGGGACCGCAGGUAUGCCUCAGUUCAGCACUUUCCACUCUGAGAAUCGUGACUGGACUUUCAACCAUUUGACUGUACACCGAAGAACAGGGGCCGUGUAUGUAGGGGCCAUCAAUCGUGUCUAUAAGUUGACCGGCAACCUCACCAUCCAGGUGGCUCACAAGACAGGGCCAGAAGAGGACAACAAGGCUUGCUACCCACCCCUUAUUGUACAGCCCUGCAGUGAAGUGCUCACACUCACCAACAAUGUCAACAAACUACUGAUCAUUGACUACUCUGAGAAUCGCCUGCUUGCAUGUGGAAGCCUCUACCAGGGUGUUUGCAAGCUCCUGCGGCUUGACGACCUCUUUAUCCUGGUGGAGCCAUCCCACAAAAAGGAGCACUACCUGUCCAGUGUCAACAAGACAGGCACCAUGUAUGGUGUUAUUGUGCGCUCUGAGGGGGAAGAUGGUAAGCUUUUUAUCGGCACCGCUGUGGAUGGCAAGCAGGAUUACUUCCCUACUCUGUCCAGCCGCAAGCUGCCCCGAGACCCUGAGUCUUCGGCAAUGCUGGACUAUGAGCUCCACAGUGAUUUUGUCUCCUCCCUCAUCAAGAUCCCCUCUGACACCCUAGCCCUGGUCUCCCACUUUGACAUCUUCUACAUCUAUGGCUUUGCCAGUGGGGGGUUUGUCUACUUUCUCACUGUCCAGCCAGAGACCCCUGAGGGCAUGGCCAUCAAUUCAGCUGGGGACCUCUUCUAUACCUCAAGGAUCGUGCGUCUCUGCAAGGAUGACCCCAAGUUCCACUCCUAUGUGUCCCUGCCCUUUGGCUGCACCCGCGCUGGGGUGGAAUACCGCCUUCUGCAGGCAGCUUACCUCGCAAAGCCAGGGGAAGCUCUAGCUCAGGCCUUCAACAUCAGCAGUGACGAAGACGUGCUGUUUGCCAUCUUCUCCAAGGGGCAGAAGCAGUACCACCACCCCCCUGAUGACUCUGCCCUCUGUGCCUUCCCCAUCCGGGCCAUCAACUUGCAAAUUAAGGAGCGGUUGCAGUCCUGCUACCAAGGAGAGGGCAACUUGGAGCUCAACUGGCUUCUGGGAAAGGAUGUGCAGUGCACCAAGGCGCCAGUCCCCAUUGAUGAUAACUUCUGUGGUCUGGACAUCAACCAGCCUCUGGGAGGCUCCACGCCUGUGGAGGGACUGACCCUGUACACCACCAGCAGGGACCGCCUGACCUCUGUGGCCUCCUAUGUUUACAAUGGCUACAGUGUGGUUUUCGUGGGAACUAAGAGUGGCAAGCUAAAGAAGAUAAGAGCUGAUGGUCCCCCCCAUGGUGGGGUCCAGUAUGAGAUGGUCUCUGUGUUCAAAGAUGGGAGCCCCAUCCUCCGGGACAUGGCCUUCUCCAUCAAUCAGCUGUACCUGUAUGUCAUGUCUGAGAGACAGGUCACCAGGGUCCCUGUUGAAUCAUGUGAACAGUAUACAACUUGUGGAGAGUGUCUAAGCUCAGGGGAUCCUCAUUGUGGCUGGUGCGCCCUGCACAACAUGUGCUCCCGGAGGGACAAAUGCCAACGGGCGUGGGAAGCAAAUCGAUUUGCCGCCAGUAUCAGCCAGUGCAUGAGCCUUGAGGUGCACCCCAACAGUAUCUCUGUGUCAGAUCACAGCCGGCUGCUCAGCCUGGUUGUGAAUGAUGCCCCCAACCUCUCGGAGGGUAUCGCCUGUGCCUUUGGGAACCUGACUGAGGUGGAGGGGCAGGUGUCUGGGAGCCAAGUCAUCUGCAUCUCACCUGGACCCAAGGAUGUCCCUGUCAUCCCUCUGGAUCAAGACUGGUUUGGCCUAGAGUUGCAACUGAGAUCCAAAGAGACAGGAAAGAUCUUUGUCAGCACCGAAUUCAAGUUCUAUAACUGCAGUGCCCACCAACUGUGCCUGUCCUGUGUUAACAGCGCCUUCCGCUGCCAUUGGUGCAAGUACCGUAACCUCUGCACACAUGACCCCACCACAUGUUCCUUCCAGGAGGGCAGGAUCAAUGUUUCAGAGGACUGUCCCCAGCUCGUGCCCACGGAGGAGAUUCUGAUCCCAGUUGGAGAAGUGAAACCAAUCACCCUUAAGGCUCGAAACCUGCCCCAACCCCAGUCUGGCCAGCGAGGCUACGAAUGUGUCCUGAGCAUUCAAGGGGCUGUCCACCGGGUCCCUGCCCUGCGUUUCAACAGUUCCAGCGUGCAGUGCCAAAACAGCUCGUACCAGUAUGAUGGGACGGACAUCAGCAACCUAGCAGUGGACUUUGCUGUCGUAUGGAAUGGCAACUUCAUUAUUGACAACCCUCAGGACCUGAAAGUUCAUCUCUACAAGUGUGCAGCCCAGCGGGAAAGCUGUGGUCUCUGCCUCAAGGCUGACCACAAGUUCGAGUGUGGCUGGUGCAGUGGUGAGCGCAGAUGUACCCUCCACCAACACUGCCCCAGCACUUCUAGCCCCUGGCUUGACUGGUCCAGCCACAAUGUCAAGUGCUCCAACCCCCAAAUCACAGAGAUUUUGACAGUAUCAGGACCACCUGAAGGGGGGACUCGUGUGACCAUCCAUGGCGUGAACCUGGGCUUGGACUUCUCCGAGAUCGCUCACCAUGUCCAGGUGGCUGGAGUGCCCUGCACACCCAUCCCAGGGGAAUACAUCAUCGCUGAGCAGAUCGUCUGUGAGAUGGGCCAUGCCCUUAUAGGUACCACAUCUGGGCCUGUGCGUCUGUGCAUUGGGGAAUGCAAGCCAGAGUUCAUGACCAAGUCCCACCAGCAGUAUACUUUUGUGAAUCCUUCUGUGCUGUCACUCAGCCCGAUCCGGGGACCAGAGUCAGGAGGUACCAUGGUGACCAUCACAGGCCAUUACCUUGGUGCUGGGAGCAGCGUGGCAGUGUACCUGGGCAAUCAGACCUGCGAAUUCUAUGGGAGGUCAAUGAAUGAGAUUGUAUGUGUUUCACCCCCAUCCUCCAAUGGACUAGGACCAGUCCCUGUCUCCGUGAGUGUCGACAGAGCCCGGGUAGAUAGCAGUCUGCAGUUCGAGUAUAUAGAUGACCCACGAGUCCAACGUAUCGAGCCAGAGUGGAGCAUCACUAGCGGGCACACACCCCUAACCAUCACAGGCUUCAACUUGGAUGUCAUUCAGGAGCCAAGGGUCCGAGUCAAGUUCAAUGGCAAAGAAUCUGUCAAUGUAUGCACAGUGGUAAACACCACCACCCUCACCUGUCUGGCACCCUCUCUGACCAGUGACUACCGUCCAGGUCUGGACACUGUGGAACGGCCAGAUGAGUUUGGAUUUCUCUUUAACAAUGUCCAAUCCUUACUCAUCUACAAUGACACCAAGUUCAUCUACUACCCCAACCCAACGUUUGAACUGCUCAGCCCCACGGGAAUCUUGGAUCAGAAGCCAGGUUCACCCAUCAUCCUGAAGGGCAAAAAUCUCUGUCCUCCUGCCUCUGGAGGGGCCAAACUCAACUACACAGUAAUGAUUGGAGAGACACCUUGCACAGUCACUGUGUCUGAGACACAGCUGCUCUGUGAACCUCCCAACCUCACAGGGCAGCACAAGGUCAUGGUUCACGUGGGCGGGAUGGUGUUCUCGCCUGGCUCCGUGAGCGUCAUCUCCGACAGCCUGUUGACCCUGCCAGCCAUCAUCAGCAUCGCAGCUGGUGGAAGCCUCCUUCUUAUCAUCGUCAUCAUUGUCCUCAUCGCUUACAAACGCAAGUCUCGGGAAAAUGACCUCACACUCAAGCGGCUCCAAAUGCAGAUGGACAACCUGGAGUCCAGGGUGGCGCUGGAGUGCAAGGAAGCUUUUGCGGAGCUUCAGACAGACAUCAACGAGCUAACCAGUGACUUGGAUCGAUCAGGAAUCCCUUACCUGGACUACCGUACCUAUGCCAUGAGAGUCUUGUUCCCAGGCAUUGAGGACCACCCUGUUCUGCGGGAGCUGGAGGUACAGGGAAAUGGACAGCAGCACGUGGAGAAAGCCCUGAAGCUCUUCGCCCAGCUUAUCAACAACAAGGUGUUCUUGCUGACCUUCAUCCGCACCCUGGAGCUACAGCGCAGCUUCUCCAUGCGGGACCGUGGGAAUGUGGCCUCUCUCAUCAUGACAGGCCUUCAGGGUCGCCUGGAAUAUGCCACUGAUGUCCUCAAGCAGCUGCUCUCUGACCUCAUUGACAAGAACCUGGAAAACAAGAAUCACCCCAAGCUUCUUCUCCGAAGGACUGAGUCUGUGGCGGAGAAGAUGCUGACCAAUUGGUUUGCUUUCCUUUUACACAAGUUCCUGAAGGAGUGUGCUGGGGAACCACUCUUCAUGCUAUACUGUGCAAUCAAGCAGCAGAUGGAGAAAGGCCCCAUUGAUGCUAUCACUGGUGAGGCCCGAUACUCCCUGAGUGAAGACAAACUCAUCCGGCAGCAGAUCGAGUACAAGACUCUGAUCCUGAACUGCGUCAACCCCGACAAUGAGAAUAGCCCAGAGAUCCCAGUGAAGGUACUAAACUGUGACACCAUCACUCAAGUCAAGGAGAAGAUCCUGGAUGCUGUAUAUAAGAAUGUUCCCUACUCCCAGCGCCCAAGGGCUGUGGACAUGGACCUAGAGUGGCGUCAAGGCCGGAUUGCCAGAGUGGUGUUGCAGGAUGAAGACAUUACCACCAAGAUAGAGGGUGACUGGAAGCGGCUGAACACACUGAUGCAUUACCAGGUGUCAGACAGAUCCGUGGUGGCUUUGGUACCUAAGCAGACCUCCUCCUACAACAUCCCUGCCUCUGCCAGCAUCUCUCGGACAUCCAUUAGCCGAUACGACUCUUCCUUCAGGUACACAGGCAGCCCAGACAGCCUCCGGUCCCGGGUCCCCAUGAUCACCCCAGACCUAGAGAGUGGUGUCAAGGUCUGGCAUCUGGUGAAGAACCAUGACCAUGGUGACCAGAAGGAGGGUGACCGGGGCAGCAAAAUGGUGUCUGAGAUCUACUUGACCCGGCUUCUAGCCACCAAGGGCACCCUGCAGAAAUUUGUGGACGACUUGUUUGAGACCUUGUUCAGCACUGUGCACCGGGGUAGUGCUCUCCCUCUAGCCAUCAAGUACAUGUUUGAUUUUCUGGAUGAACAGGCAGACAGACACAGUAUCCAUGACACAGAUGUGCGGCACACCUGGAAAAGCAACUGCCUUCCACUCCGUUUCUGGGUGAAUGUCAUCAAGAACCCUCAAUUUGUAUUUGAUAUCCACAAAGGCAGCAUCACAGAUGCGUGCCUCUCUGUGGUAGCCCAGACCUUCAUGGACUCCUGCUCCACAUCAGAGCAUCGACUGGGCAAGGACUCACCUUCCAAUAAGUUGCUCUAUGCCAAGGAUAUCCCCAGUUACAAGAACUGGGUAGAAAGAUACUAUGCAGAUAUUGCAAAGCUUCCAGCCAUUAGUGACCAAGAUAUGAACGCCUACCUCGCGGAGCAGUCUCGUCUGCAUGCCACAGAGUUCAAUAUGCUGAGUGCCCUCAAUGAGAUCUACUCCUAUGUCAGCAAGUACAGUGAGGAGCUCAUCGGGGCACUAGAGCAGGAUGAACAGGCCCGACGGCAACGACUAGCCUACAAGGUGGAACAUCUCAUCAAUGCCAUGUCCAUAGAGAGCUGAGAGGAAGACAUCCUGUUCCUGGAAGAGAGACUCAUACAAGCUAUCACACUGGCAUCCCAAAAGGGAAGAUGGGAUGAGUGAAGGGUAUCAGGCCCCAGAGCUGGCUGUCCUCUAAAACCUCAGCGAGGGAAGAAGGAAGGGCUCCUCUGUCAAUGGCAGCCAUGUUUCAUCACAGCCGGUUCCUUCCAGAAGGACAGUGAACACCACCCAUCACAGUGUGAGCUCAGGACACUACGGGCAAGGAGAAGGUGGCCCUUUAAGCUGAGAGGCUUGAGACAAAUGGUUCUGCCUCUGUGACUGCUGCUUUGCAUGAAAACUCAUUUGAUGUAUAUUGGGAAAUAAUGAGAACUUUAUUUAAUUUUUUAAGAAAAAGGGAAAAAAAACAGAAAUAAAACAAAACAUAAAUCCUCCCUGUCCAUCCCGUCCAACUUUUGUUUAAUUUGAUUUCUGUUUCCCUUCUCAGUAAUAUUUCUCCCUCCUUCUGUAACAUCUUUCUCAAUGUCAGAAAAAUGCCUGAGAGAUGCUGAGUAGAACAGGAAUGGAAGAGCUCCCCUCUCCCUUGAACGGAAAGAAGAAGGAGAGGCAGGAAGGAGCAGAAGUUCAUACUAAACAUUUGGCAAAUAAGCCAGGAAGAACUGAAUCCCACCAUAGCCAGACGCACCUGAGAACGGCAGGCCUUUGUGGGAAUUGUGGAAGCUGAGCAGAUCCACCUGCUAAUAGGAAACUGCCUUCCAUGCUGUGGCCCUGUGUAUCCUCAUCUCCCAAGAGGAGGAAGUACCCAACAAGGACCUGUGGGAACACGUUUUCUGUUUCACUUAAUCCCAAGCCUCACCAAAUGAGGAGUUGGUCUUUGGUACUUUUCCUUUUGGUUUCCCUAGAAUUGAUAUCAGAAAGGGAAGAGGUGAGGCUUUCACAGAGCAGCCAUCUCCUCCCUAAGGACUCUGAACAGAGCCCCACAAGCCAGGCACCUGGGGACUAUACAGACCAGGCCUCCUAGGUCUGAGCUGAAUGAGGAACAUGGGUGUUUGACUUUGGAUUCUACUCAACCAUCCACUAGUUUACGGCAAUUAAAAAGAAAACAAUCUCAAACACUGUUUACAGUAAGCAAUACUUGAAGAGUAUAGGUUUAAAAAGCAGCAGUAUUUAUUAUUCUAUUUUCUUUUCUCUUGUGCCUGGAGAGGGGAGGCCAGCCUUCUCUCAUAUCCAGAAGCCCCUGACCAUCUGGGCAUAGUGCAUUUGCCUCAGUAGAAAUGACUGUGGUAUCCCAUCAUCUCUGUCUAUCAUAGAACUGUGGAUGUGAAAGUGUAUUACUUCUGAGAAGGCACCUGUCCUUCCCUCUGUCUCCUGAUACCUAAUGCCAUAGAUGGCCAGCCUUCCUGAGUAUAGCUUCCAAGUAGAGGCCAAGGCUCCAUCCUUGGGCCCAGAGGCAAGCUCUGAUAGCAGGACAAGAAAUUCAACUGGUAAACCCUCAGGGAAGUUGGUCCUUCUGCCUUGGCAUGGCGCCUUAGCAGCCAACUCUGAACAGCUUUGCAAUUAGCAUCUGUCUCAAGAUAGGAUGACAAGAGGAAGAUGAAGGGAGGGCAUAAGAGAACAGUAAGCAUAUGUCCCCUAAGAAGGCAUGAGCCUUCUACUUUUUAAGGGGUCAGAAAUGCCAGGCUAUAGCGCUGGGAAAUGGGGCUCACUAUCCCAACAGAGACUGGCCCUGGGUGAUUUCCUUCACAAUUAACUCAGGCCUCAGCUAUUUCUCCAGUUAAUUCCAGUUUCUGAGACUGCUGACCAGAUAUGACUGCCUGCACAAGGCAAAGAAGAAAACCAAGAAGGUGGCUUUCAUGCAAUGUAUGUGUCGUCAGAUGGCUGUCUCAUAACACAGCUGAUGCUGUCUGGGUUGUUCAGCUUGUUUCUUGUCUGAAUGCAAUUGACAAGUGGAGAAAGAAAAGCAUUCAGCAAAAUACUCAGGAAACUUGCUGAUUUUAUGAUGAUUCACAACCAGCCAUGCCAAGGCCACUUUUCUUCUGAUAAUCUACUCAUGCUAAAGUUUUUUUGGGGCCAUAUUAAUAGCCUAGAAAAAAAAAAAAAAAAAAAAAAAACCUAAUGACUGGCCUUCCACAUCAAGCCAAAGUGUUUGCUCCCCAUAUCAUCCAAAGCUUAUCAUCUUAAGAGCCUGUAAUUUAUGAAAAUGAAAGAAGUGAUGUAGUCAAAACAAGAGUAGGAACAGAAGACAGGAUAAACUCUGGCCCACCUUUUUUUCCAUCACAGCACUGUUAAAGACUUUCUGAGCAGCUGCCACUGCUCAGGCUCAUGUCCAGAGUGCCAUUCCAUCAAGACGUAAAAAAAGAUGCUUGACAUCUCUUUCAAUAGCACCUUACCCACAGCCUUCUCAGUGCGCCUACCUGGUAUAUCCCAGCAGCCACUAAUGGUACCCGCUCACUGCUUCUGGCAUGCUUCACUGAAGAUGGUUGGAGAGUAUGGAGAGAAUGAUGGGGGGGGGGGGAGAACAAAUCAAAGAAUGCAGAUGAAGGGAGCAGGGCCAACCAUGAAAGGUGGUCUAGCCACUUUGCUAAGGAUUCCAUGAGUUGGACCACUUGGGCUGAAAAAGAAGAGUGGUCAAGGGGCACAGUUAAAGAAGAACUAAGAAGGAAAAUUCAGCUAGAGACAGGCCAUGCCAUGCCAGGAGCGUGAGUUAUUGCAGAGUCUUGCUCUCAUUUUAGCUUCUACUUUUCAUCCCAGCAGCUCUUUGCUUUGGCUUUCUAGUCACUGGUGGUCUACUCCCUAGGGGAUGGAGAGGAGAGAAAGUUAAUUAGUCACUCUUCUUGCUGCUAUCCAACUGAAGGGUAUUUUGGCCUUUUGUUUAAAAAAAAAAUUGUUAAAGCUACCACCCUUCCCCACAAAAGCCAUCUGUCUUUGGGGAGGCCUGAAGUCUCUCUUAAAGCUACCUAGCUUUACUUUAUCUCAUUGAUCUACACAAAAGCCAAUUCUCUAGGAAAGGAAUAGGACUGCAGAGGGUUUGGCAAGACUGAGUUCUAGAGGACUGUAUUAAGACUUGUCUCUCAACUGGAUUUGACAACACCUCCUGCCUUCUGUGUGGGUCAGGCACUUACGUGUCUGAUGUUCUACCUCUUUCUGUGGUUUGAACCGCAAAACCACUUCUGAUCCCUCUUUCUUUAUAGAGUGCAGUCAUUCAACUUAUGGGCACACUGAGAUCUUACAGAAGGAGGGAACUGUGUCCUUCAUUCAUUCAUUCAUUUGGAGAGCAUUCCUAAGUAGUAAUUGUUUGCCAAGUUCUUAGAGGUUCUGCAGAGCAGGGUAAAUAAGACCACAAAGGACCUUCUUUCAGCAAAUGCAGAUUCUCCAAGCUGCUAGACCUGCCACCAAUACAGCAGGAUGGUUCUUCCCACCAUCCCCAGCAGAAAGCACUAGGUGCAUAAAAAAUGGGGUGUCAUUAAGGAAGAAGCCCCCUCCCCGUUGCUACUGUCUCUUUAGUCAGCACAACCUUGCUGCUUAUGUUCCUGACUUUCCUUCAGUUUCACCAGGAUGAAAAUAGAAAUCAGCAGUUAAGGCCCCUGGACCUGCUGCACAUGAGAUAAAAGCAGUGUUGUCCGCUAGCCGUGGUCUAAUACAACAAGCAGAGACUGCUGGAAGCCUCUAGCUACCCAGUUCGCAGAUACUACACAACUGACAAAUCUGUAAUCUCACCUGCUGCCUGGCAAUACUAAGCUGGCAGUUACUCUAAAGGGGCCCUUUCCAACCACUCACAGCUAACAGCCCUGCAUCCUUGACACAGACAGUUAGGAAUUGAGACACAGGGGACUGGGGGGAAGGGGGAAGGAAAUGCAAAGUGGCUUCAGGGACCUAGGGCAUGGGGCAGAUCUUAUGGUGGGAGGGAGGCUGGAAGAAGGUGGUCAGGUCCUCCUGAUGCCUUGUCUUAGGAAUGUGCUUGGAGAACAGUGGCACCAUUUUUCAUACUCCACGUCUCUUUUCCUUCUCUCUCUCUUUUCUACUCAUUCCCUAGAGUGAAGAUUUAGUAUCUAAGGCCCAGUGACACUUACAACGAAGAGUAAAGUUUCUCUUGGUACUUUCUAGCUAGUCUAGGGAAUGUUCCAAGAGAUAAUCAAGGCCAGUGCCUGUCAGACAGGCCUCAACACAACAAACAAACAGACCCACAACUCACUCUCCUCUCCCAUACCAUCUCCCCAGACUGAGAUGCCUCCUCCCUCCCUCCGUGCUGUCUAUACCCUAGGGACUCAGUGAAGGAAGUAAGAAACUUCUUUGAGACUCAGUUAAGGGCAUCAUUUUGACACUCUUGAUCUCCAUUUUGACAUCCAAGCAUAAGGAAGUGUGGUCCCCAGCAAACAGGACCAAAGUUCCUGAAUGUAUGGGAGAGAAAGGGACAAGCUCUUUAUACAGGCACUUGAAGGCCUUGAGCCAAGCUGCCUCUCCUCAUCCUCUCCUAUUCAGACCUUUCCCCAUGACACACUGGAGUCUGUAUUAUAUCUAUUUUUAAGAAAGUACAAUGCUGGUUGUCUGGUUUUGUUGUUUUUACAGGUGUUAUGAAAUAAUAAGAAAAUGAAGUAUUUAAAAUGUUCCAAUAAAGCGGGGUUUUGUUAUCUAAUAUAUUAUCAUGUACCUAUUGUAAAUAUGAAACUCCUAUUUUGCAAGCCAAGGACACAAUUUGUACUGUUGUUAUAUAUAAAUAAAGAUUACUGGAUAAAAAAAAAAUCU